AUGGCAUCUAAAGCUGUAAUAUCCGUGGAAGAUUUAACUUGUCCUGUGUGCUUUGACAUCUUCAGGGAUCCUGUUGUCCUGUCAUGUAGUCACAGUGUGUGUAAAGUCUGUCUACAGCAGUUCUGGGAAACAAAGGGAUUUCAGGAGUGUCCUGUCUGCAGGAGAAGAUCAUCAAAAGAUGAGCCUCCUUAUAACCUGGCUCUAAAGAACCUGUGUGAGACUUUCUUACAGGAGAGAAGUCAGAGAUCUUUAUCAGGGUCUGAGGAGUUCUGCAGUCUGCACAGUGAGACACUCAAACUCUUCUGUCUGGAGGAUAAUCAGCCUGUGUGUUUGGUGUGUCGAGAUUCAGAAAAACACACAAACCACAGUUUUAUUCCAGUAGACGAAGCUGCUUGUAGUUACAGGGAUGAACUGAAGACUGCAUUGAAACCACUGCAGGAAAAACUGAAGAUGUUUAAAAAAGUCAAACUGACAUGUAAUAAAACAGCAGUGCACAUUAAGAUCCAGGCCCUACACACAGAGAGACAGAUUAAGGAGGAAUUUGAAAGACUUCACCGGCUUUUACGAGAUGAGGAGACAGCCAGGAUAACUGCACUGAGAGAGGAAGAGGAGCAGAAGAGUCAGAUGAUGAAGGAGAAGAUUGAGAAAGUAACCAGAGAGAUCUCCUCUCUCUCAGACACAAUCAGAGACAUAGAGGAAAACAUGGGUGCAAAAGACAUUCUUUUUCUGAAGAACCUUGAGGCCACAAAGAGAAGAGCCCAGUGCACACUGCAGGAUCCAGAGAUGCUUUCAGGAGCACUGAUCAAUGUGGCAAAGCACCUGGGCAACCUGAAGUUCAGAGUGUGGGAGAAAAUGCAGGACAUUGUUCAAUACACUCCUGUGAUUCUGGACCCUGACACUGCGGAACCAUAUCUCAUCCUGUCUGAGGAUCUGACCAGUUUGAGAUACAGUGAUGACUAUGAGCAGCUUCCUGAUAAUCCAGAGAGGUUUGAUGAAUUCCCAUGUGUGCUGGGAUCUGAGGGGAUUAACUCAGGGACACACUGCUGGGAUGUUGAUGUUGGGGACAGUACCUUCUGGACCCUGGGUGUGACCACAGAGUCAAACCAGAGGAAGGGAAAGACGUUCUUUAACACUGGUGUCUGGUUGUUGUGGUAUAAGAACAGCAAGUAUCAGUCUGAGUGCUUCGGAAGUCCAUCUGCUGCACUGACAGUGAAUAACAAAGUCCAGAGAAUCAGACUGGAACUGGACUGGGACAGAGGAAAACUUUCAUUUUCUGAUCCUCUAAAUAACACACACCUACACACCUUCACGCACACUUUUACUGAGAGGAUGUUUCCAUUCUUUGUCAAUUGCUGUAAACUCUCUCCUCUGAGGGUCUUACCAAUGAAGUGUUGUGUAUCAGUGGGACAGGUUAGUUAG